AUGAUUUCAACCUUUGUAAAUCGUAUAUUGGGGAAUAUACCAGAUAAUAGCGAUACUAAAGAUGAUGAAGAGCAUCCAGCAUACUGUUUAUCUUCAUUAAUAACUUUUUAUAAGCCAAAUAGGCUCAAAAGUGCUAUAUUUGAUCAUAUACCAGGAUAUUUAAACUCAUUAAGUAUAGAUUUAUAUACAGUUUCUAAAUCUGGGAAUUUCAAAGAAUAUAUUUUAUCGAAUAUACAUAAUAAAAAAAGACUUGCAAAUUAUCAAACUUUAGUUAAGAAUGGAGAAUCAUUUUAUAGUAUAAUAUCUGCUACUACACAAGAUAAGUGCAAAGUUUGUGGUUAUUUAAAUUGUUCAUCUCUUGUAGUGGAUUUUUCACGAAAUGCAGAUAAUGGUGAAACUACUUAUUUAAUUUUUCAAGGAGAGCUGAUUUUAAGGAUUUAUGAUAGGAGUUUGGAUAUAAGCUUGUACUGCUUAGUAAAAAGUAUAAGUGAUGAAGAUAUUUUACGAGUUACUAAUGAAGAUGUUAUAUUAAUUUUACCAGAGCCAAUAGAACUAUCGUAUAAUUUUACAAUAAAUUUUAUUCUUUAUUCUAGUAUAGGUAGAACAUGGUAUAUUGGUGAUAAUAACUUUAAUUUAACUGAUAAAAAUAUAAGUAAUGACAAAAAUAUAAAUACAUUUUAUGAAUCCCAAGUUACUGAGGAGAACUUAGGAGAUAAAUUAGAUAAUAUAAAUAAGAGUGAGAAAAAUAUCACAAAACAAUUUAAAUUUUCAAUAUCUUGUAUUCAGAAUGUAAGCAUUUGUAAUAAGGAAAUAGAAGAUACCACUGAUAAGGGAUCUUCUAUAAUUUUAAAUUCUUCUUUAAAUAUGAAUAAUGAAAAUUCAGAUAUAGAUAUAUCUCCAGAUACAUUUGAUACUAGAACACCUAAACCAAAUAAACCAGUUUCAAAUGGACACACAACACCUUUGUCUAAUAAAUCUACAACAGCUUCUACAACUUCUGUAAUUCGUGGUAAAGCUCCUCCUUUACCAGCUCAUAUGAAAUCUGGUUCUAAAUCCAAAGUGAUUUUAAAAAAAUCGAUAAAAAUACCAUCCUUAAAUCGCAAAAAUUUACCUCUUGGCCGUCGUAUACAUUGGAAUCCUUUAAGUGAUGAAGCUGCUCAGAAAAGUAUUUUUCGUGAGAUUUUGUAUGCUCCAUUGAAUAGUCAAUCUCCCCCUGUUUCUCCCCAAAUAUCCCCAUCAUCCUCUCCAACUUUUAAUACUCCAUUAUCAGUUACAUCAUUAUCACCAAUGUCAACUUCACCGGCUUUAUCAGAUUUUCAUAUUGCAAAUACACUUGUAAAUUUGGAAACAUUAAGUAGAGUUUUUACAAAGCCAUCAAUGAGUACAUCUACAUCACCAAUUCCAUCAUUUCUUCCUAAUUCAUCUUCUGUUGAAGAUAUAUCAGGCAUAAUAAAUGAUGAAGUAAAUAUGUCAUUAAAGCAAGAAUUACCUUUACAUUCUACUGAUUCAAAUUAUUCAAGUAAGAACUCAAAUAUUUUAAUUCCAGCACCUAUUAAACAAAUUCCUUUACAAUCACUAUCUCAAAAGAGAGCUCAGAAUAUUGCAAUAGUAUUGGCACGUUUAUUAGUACCAAUUGAUUAUAUUAUUGAAGUUUUGCAAUCCUUUAAGAUUUCUAAUUUGACUUUAGAUGAUUAUGAACGAAUUGAACAAGUUCUACCAACUACUUUAGAAAUAGAAAGAUUGAAGAAUAAUAAAAAAGAAUUGCAUCCUCUGGAACAAUUUUUACUCAGGUUCUCACAUAUUUCAAAUCCUAUGGCUCGAUUAAGAUUUUUGAAAUUUGAACAUAUUUUAGAUGCAUCAGAAUUUGAUAUACAAAGAAAUCUCAACACUUUGUUUCUUGCUUCUCAACAAAUGAGGAAUUCAAACAAACUUAAAUUUAUAUUAAAGGCAGUAUUACUAUGGGGAAACUAUGUAAAUCACGGUAUUAGCUUUGAAACUUUAACAUCAACAUCAUCCUUUGCACAUGCUGCAAAUACAGGUUCUAUUAAUUGGUCUUUAUUAGAAACUAAGGGAUUUUCACUUGUAUCUCUUUUACGUCUAGCUGAAUUCAAAACUGUUAUUGAUCCUUCAUUAACAUCUUUGCAUUUUUUAGUGGCAAAUUUAACUAUAGCAGCUCCACAAUUAAAUUUACAUUUACUUGUUAAUGAUAUGCCAGCCGUAUCCCAAGCUUCAAAAAUAUCAGUUGAUAUGUUGUACAAUAAUAUUAGUGAUAUGAAAAAGGAAUUAGCAAUUUUAGAAACUGAAAAGAGUUAUUUUGCAAAUGAUAGAGUGGAUUAUUUGUUUGAUUCUUACUCGAGGCGUUUAGAUGCUUUAGUUGAAGGAUACAAUCGUAUUGUUGAAAAAGUUGCUGAUACAGCAAUUUAUUUUGGUCAAAAUAUCUCUUCAACAGAUAAAAAUUUAUCAAUCCAACCAUUAUUUGAAACAUUAAAUACUUUUAUAGUUCAAUUUACAUCAUGUUGUAAAGAAGUUAAGGAAAAACCUCAGAAAUUUGCUUCUUUGCUAGUAGACCCAACAAUGGUAUUUCCUAAUAAUAAUAACAUAUCAGUGAGUAAUUGUCCAUUUAAUGGAACUGAUAUAAAUUCGAAAAGUCUAAUAAGUUCUAAUUCAAAUGGUAAUGAAAACAUACCUAAGAAGUCGAGAAAUCAAGCUUGUAAAUGGAGUGCAUGUAGACAUCCCACACUUAUAAGGAAUCGUUCAAGUAGUUUUAGGAGUGAAAAAUCGCAAUGUGAAGAUAAUUCAGGAAAUAAUAAUUCCGAAAAUAAAAAUAAUAUGGGUAAGUUAGGUUUAGAGUCAUCACUAAACCAUCCUUGUAAUAAAUUUAAUGUUAUUGCAAAAAGUGAAGAUAAUAUUAGAAUUUCACAGAAAGUCAAAUCUUCUUAUUUAAGUAAAUCUGUUGAUUUAUCUGAUAUUUCAUAUAAUCCAAAAAAAUCUCAAGAUAGACAUUUAAAAAUAAUACAUACAGAAAGAAAUAAAAGUAAAGCUAAUUUACCUUUAAGACACCCACCGCCUAAGCUUCCUACUUUGGUAACUCCAGGUUUUCGUGAAUCUUAG